UUUUGAAAACAGUGGUCCUGCAAUAGGACAUCAACCCUUAACAAAGCAUCUGUAGAGUUUUUUGAUCAUCUCUAGUGACGACAGAAAAAGAACACAGGAUAUUUCUGAUGAAUAGAUUUAGCAAUUCAGAUAUUUUGGGAGAACACAAGGAGUGUCAUCAAUCAUGUUAUGGAUUCAUAAGAUAUUUAUGUUAGUCUUAUGUAUACAAUCAAUUACGUUUGCGUUACUAGGACUAAGCUUAUACCAAAAGAUUCAGACAGUACAAAAAGUCUCAAGAGGCCAACUAGAUCAACUAUCGGUGGGACGUACUAGAAGAGGAACAAUUAUUUACGAAAAUGGAAUAAAGGAACAUCAAGGGAGUGCAUCUGACACUAAUACAAGUGAAAGAAAUGAACCCCAGAGAAAUAAUAACACGAUUCCAACAGUACAACAAGCCUCAAAAGGUCAAAAAUGGGAUCAUCUACCUAUGGUAGAUAUGAAAAGAAGCAGAUUAAUCAAUGCAAAUCAAAUAAGCAAACAUGAAGGAAAUGUUACUGGAAAUAACACUUCAAGUUCAUUAGGAACAAUCAAAAGAAGACCUGCUGUUAUUAAAAAUAUAUUAUUAGGAAAUAACAAUGAAAAUAAAGCUGAACAAACAAACCAACAGAUGACCAUGAACACAAGUUCCAUAUUGCUGGAUUAUCAACAAGUUUUGAAAAAUGGUAAUUUCUCUAUGAACAAAUCAGUUAACAUUUCAGAACUGCGACUAGAUAAGUGUGACGCAUGUUUCCCGCAAUCUUCAUACAUCUACAAAAAUGAUAAUUUGUGCUCAACGAAUAAUUCCAAUAAUUCCAAUAAUUCCACAACUCUUGUUAAGCUACUGGUAAUCAUUUUUACAGUUCACAAUGGAACAAAGACUAGAAACAUCUUGCGCAAAACUUGGGCAAGCAUUUCUAAAAAUAACACAAGAGAACUGAGGUAUGUUUUCCUGCUAGGAAAGCACACUAAAGAUCCGGAGUGGAAUGUAAGAGUUCUUGCAGAAGCUAAAAAAUAUGGGGAUAUCCUCAUCAAAGACUUCAUGGAUGAGUUCAGAAAUUUGACUCUUAAGACAAUGUCCGGUCUUAAAUGGGCUGCAGAAUUUUGCUCAAAUGCUAAAUAUAUUAUGAAAACUGAUUCUGAUAUGUGGGUGAAUACUCCAAGACUUUUACGAUACAUUGAUUUAUUCAACAUUGAAAAUGAAAUAAUAGGAACAUGCCUUAAGAAAUCUAAACCCAUCAGACAUAAGGAAUCAAAGUAUUAUGCCUCUCCUGAAGAGUACCCCCAUAUGUGGUACCCCAGCUUCUGCUCAGGCACAGGCUAUGUUACAACUAUGAAGGUCGUCAAAGACAUUGUGAAAGUCUCACCCGAUAUACCCUUCUUCUUCCUCGAAGAUAUUUAUGUGGGACUUUGUAAUAAAGCAUUGGGAUAUAAAGUACGCCGAGUAAAAGGAUUUCAGCAUAAAAGAGUGAAACUUAGUGUAUGUGGAUAUAACCAAAUAUUCACAAGUCAUCGUAUACAAAUAGCUGAAAUUGAAAAAGUUUGGAACAUAAAUUUUGUUGAUCAAACAUUUCAACAUUGAAUACAUUUAUACAGGGUGGCUUAAGGUGGGACCCGGUCCGUCAGCAUAGCCAGCACGAUACUAUUGCUCAAUUAUUAAUGUAGUUUUUCAAACUCAAAGACACCCAUCCAUACGAAUAAUUAUGAUGUAAUAAUAAUACCAAUGUAUUUAAAAUUUCAUGUACGAAGAAAUAUUUGCAUCUUCGGGCAUUUAUAGUUGGGAGAUUUAGCGUAUUGCAUUUGAACUAUUUGAGCGCUAGUAACGUCAUGGUUUCUAUGACAUGGGAAAACAAUGGCGCUCAAAUUUAACGUGCAGCAUCGUGAAGUAUAUGGCGAUGAAUGAUUGAAUUUUUACAAGUCAUAUUAUUAUAAUUCUUUCAAAAUAUAGUAUAACUAAUUAAUCUAAAGCACA